CCUCUUUUUGCUAGUAUCGCCGUUCAAGGGCAGAUCAUAUGCACAGCCGGUACUUGUACCUAUAUUAAUAGCCUGGCUUUCUAUAAAAGGAUGGCAACCAACCACAAAGUGAUUUUUCUCAUCUUGCAACCAACUAAGUAUCUCGCCCAACAAAAGUCAUUGUCUUGUAGAAAUCCAAGAUGGCCGUUCGCUCAACCAGACGCGUUCCGUACGUGAACCCUCUAGCGCAGACAUGGAUUUCAGCGUCGCCAGGCUCUAGCGAAGCUAUAGCCAACUUCCAUAAGAAAAUGCCUGGGUUCGAGCCUACACCCUUGGUAGCUGUGGACAAACUCGCAGCGGAGAUUGGUGUCAAAGCAGUGUAUGUGAAAGACGAAAGCAGCCGGUGUGGCUUGCCGUCAUUCAAGAUCCUGGGUGCAUCUUGGGCAGCUUUUCGCGCAAUUAUCGGGAAGACCAAGCUUCCUAUCGAUACUGACUUUGCAACCCUCCGCAAGAGUGUAAAAGCUGCUUCAAUAACACUGGCCGCUGCCACUGAGGGAAAUCAUGGGCGAGCGGUCGCAAGGGUAGCAAGCAUUCUUGAAACCUCCUCUAAGAUAUUUGUCCCACGUUGCCUGCACAAAGCCACAAUAGCUCUGCUGGAAUCAGAAGCGGCCACAGUUGUUUUAGUUGAUGGGGACUACGACGAGGCAGUUCGAAUGGCGAGGCAGGAAGCGGACCGAUAUGGGGCAAUUUUGGUUCAAGACACGGCUUUUGAUGGCUACGAGGAGAUUCCAAAGUGGGUCGUUGAAGGCUACUCAACCAUGAUGGCUGAGAUCGACGUCCAGCUUAUGGGUAAAGCACCUGACCUUGUAAUUGCUCCCGUUGGAGUAGGGUCUUUUGCGCAUGCUGUGGUCAGCCACUACAAAACUCCUGGCCGAGCUACACAGAUCCUAGCUGUAGAGCCAGACAGUGCGGCAUGCCUCUGGAAGAGCCUGGCUGCGGAUAAGUUGACUACUGUGCCUACACGGAAGACCAUCAUGGCCGGGAUGAACUGCGGUACACUAUCAACGACAGCUUGGCCGGUGCUCAGAAAUGGAGUCGAUGCAAGUGUCACCGUCUCUGAUGCCGAAGCCCACGAAGCUGUUGGGAACCUCCGGGAAGUUGGGGUCUCCGCUGGGCCAUGUGGUGCUGCACCACUUGCGGCAUUGAAACAUAUAUCUCGCUCCCACUCUGAUAUAUUCAAGUUGGAUAAGGACUCGGUGGUGGUUGUACUAUGUACCGAAGGACCUCGAGAGUACGACGUACCCAUGGACGUGUCUAUCGAAGAUCCAGUCAUGCUCACACAAGCUUUGAUCCGGAUCGAUUCUACCAACCCUGGGCUCUCGAGAGCUGGUGGCGCUGGGGAGCUGGAAAUUGCAACCUAUAUAUCUGCUUGGCUUGAACACAGGGGCAUCGAAACGCACUGGCUUGAGAAGACCACAGGUCGUCCCUCAGUUGUUGGUGUAUCAAGAGGGACCGGAGGAGGUAAAUCACUCCUGUUAACCGGCCAUAUCGAUACAGUGACGACGGCUGGUUACGAUGGCAAUCCUUUAAGCGGAGAUAUUAGAGAUGGGUCAGUCUUUGGUCGGGGGGCAUACGACAUGAAGGCCGGAAUAGCAGCUUCACUUGUAGCUUUGGCAACGGCAAAGGUCUCUCAACUUUCCGGAGACGUGAUGAUUGCUGCCGUUGCAGACGAAGAGGACGUCAGCAUUGGUACCGAAGAGGUGCUUAAGGCAGGGUGGAGAGCAGACGGGGCUAUCGUGAGCGAACCGACGAACCUCAAUGUCACCCUCGCCCACAAGGGGUUCACAUGGCUGUACGUCGAUAUCAUAGGCAGAUCUGCCCACGGUUCCAGGCCAGACUUAGGCAUCGAUGCGAUUUGCAAAGCUGGGCAUUUUCUUGUGGAGCUAGACAAAUAUAGUCAAGAUAUCUUGAAAGGACCUGGUCAUCCGAUUUUGGGGACCGGCUCUAUUCAUGCGUCUUUGAUUCAGGGAGGGGAGGAGCUUACAUCGUAUCCAGCGGUUUGCACCAUCUCAAUCGAACGACGUACAGUUCCGGGAGAGACGCCAGACAUUGUUGUCGCUGAAAUCCGCCGCAUCUUGGAUCGCCUCACCAAAACAAUGCCGAAUUUCAAGUAUGAGACUCGCAUAGGAAUGUCUCGAAACCCCUUCCAUAUCAGUAAAGACGAACCUUUCGUCUCCGGUGCUCUCCAGAACAUCGAACAUGCGUUAGGAAUGCCAGCUACACUACGACCAGAAAGAUUUUGGACCGACUGCGCUUUACUGGCUGAGGCAGAGAUUCCAGCCCUUCUCUUUGGCGUUAAUGGAGGCGGUGCACAUGCAGCAACAGAGUGGGCAACAGUUGAUUCUAUUAGAAAAGUUACUAGGGCGCUAACGCUUACUGCCCUGGACUUUUGUAAAUGAGAAACGACUUGUGAUAGAUUCUUAAGCAUAUAGCCG